AUGUAUAAUCCACGCCAACGCAGCGAGAGAGAAGAAGCCUCACGAAGCUCUCUGGAAGAGUUUCAACUAGCACUCUUUAGAACUCCCUAUGGUGAAAAUCUUUUCCUGGACAGGGUUUUUGAUCUCUUUGAUGAAAAGAAAAAUGGUGUCUUUGAAUUUGAUGAGUUUGUUCAUGCACUCAAUGUCUUCCAUCCAUAUGCCUCUGCAGAUGAUAAAAUUGUUGUAAUUGCAUUUAGGCUCUAUGAUCUGAGACAAACCGGGUUCAUUGAGCGAGAAGUAGUUAAGCAAAUGGUGAUUGCCAUAAUGAUGGAAUCUGACUUGAAAUUGUCAGAUGAUCUUCUUGAGUCUAUCAUUGAUAAUGUAAGCACUACGUAG